CAAGAACGUAUAGAUAGAGAGCUAUAAUAGGCGCUCAGAGAGUAAUAACAAGAACGUAUAGAUAGAGAGUUUUAUGCUUUGUCUGUUCAGGGGAACGGAUGUAUAAGUAAAGCCUCCGGAGUAGACAUUUCCAUGACGUGACCCGGUACUGGUGUCUGUUGCUGAAGGAUUGACCUACGUCUGGUGCCAUCUUGUGUCACGCCUGUCAGAACUGCGUGACGUCAGCGGACGUACAUGUGACGUCAGCAGAGGUACCACUGGUGCAGGGAACAGUCUGGCGGUGGAUUGUAUCCGUACAUGUGGGCGGAAGUAGAUGUGCCUGUCUGUUGACCUGUUCUGGCCAGCGUGUGGAGGCUUUUUGAGACAUUGAAGGAAGGGCUUCACUUUUAUUUUUUUUUUAAAGGGAAAAAAAACCCCUUAACACAAAAGACCCCCCCCCCCUACCCGCAAAAAAACCCCAAAAACCCAACAGCAACAGAAAACCAAUACAAAAAAACCGACUACAGAGAAAGAAACACCAAUCAACUGCAAAAAAACCCCCAGAACAACAACAAGCAAAAAAAAACAACCCAACAGGCCGACCUGUUUCCUUCCUCUUGUAUAGUCAGAUGUCGAGGGGAUAUUCAAUUUUUGGUGAACAGCUAGGUGGGCGGUUUCUGUUGGAGAUUUUAUGAUGAUAAUUUAUUCUGUUGGAGGACCUCCUGUUUGAUUUUGGCGCCACCCAGCCAAGUUUUGUGUGGUCUGCCCCUGUCUCUGUAAUCUGAGGACAGCAACACGUCACAGCUGCUCAUCUCCGCACUAAUUCAAGUUUCGAGUCUCAAGAAGAUCGAGUUUAGCAUAGAUUAAAUUUGUUGUUUGUUUUUUCUUGUGUGUGUGUGAGGAUCUUAUUCCACGACUUUUUGGGCUGCGCUUCGGAGUACUUUGGUUAGAACCCUCCACUUAAAUCUGAAUUCAUCUCGGUUUUGAACAAGUGUGGAUUAUAUUUUGAGCUUCUUUUCUUGGAGCCGCCUCCGGAUUUUUUUUGUGUGUUUGCUUCAGUGAUCGUCAGUUUGUUUCUUCAAGGACUGUAAUCCUUUUCGGAGACACUUCAACCUGGGCCGAUGAGGACGAAAAAUCUUUUACUAUCAAAUUUCUAUCUGCCUGGUAUGUUCAUUCAUCCUUUUUAGCCUGUCGGAACAUUUUUGUUCGUGUGGUUACAUGGCUAGAUUCUAAUCUUUAUUCGCUAAUCUUAUAAAUUCUUACAAGAAGAAACGGAAUUUCAGUCCCACAAUACGUAAACUAGCAGGUCGUUUUCAAGACGGAGUAAAAAAAAAGAAAAAAAAAGACCCAGUCAGCUUCAUUCUUACAACCUACAGUGAGGGCACGCCAAUUCCUUGAGAGCGUGAGGGAAUCCUAAUUAUAUUAUUACCAGUGAUCUGUGCCACCUUCAUUCAUCGCGGACUUGUCGACUUCGCCUAUGGCCGAGAUCCUAUCUCGGAGCAAAACCAGGUGAUCUGUACAGUGUGCAGGAGUCGGAUAGCACGUUUUCGUCUCCAGUUUGUGACAGCGUGACGACAUGGCGGUGACGUCAUCAAAUGCCCCAGGGACUGAGCGCUUCGGACACGGCAAAGUUGACCCGUACGGCUUCGAGCGGCCCGAGGAGUUUGACUUCAAGACGUACGAGCAGUUCAUGUCCACCUACCUGUCGGUGCUGGCUCGCCGGGCGUCCAGAUGGAAGGCUUCUUACGGGGAGGCGGACGUCAAGCUGUCCAAGUCCAGAAAGUUGAAAAGAUUCUGUCGUAAAGGUGUACCUGGUGACCUCAGACCAGAGGUGUGGUUCCAGGUGAGCCUAGCGAGCAGACGAGUGGCUGCUGAGCCGGACAGGUUCCGCACCCUCAAGAACAUGACCACAGACCCGGCCGUGUCCGAGACCAUCAUGCUGGAUAUUCACCGAACAUUUCCGGAAAACGUAUACUUCAGCGAACUCGGUGACCCGAACUCAUUGAGAAAACCUCUACAGAAUGUUCUAGAAGCAGUGUCGCUAAGCAACCCACAUAUUGGUUACUGCCAGGGCAUGAACUUUGUAGCGGGGCUGCUGUUGUUGAUUGUGAAGUCGGAGGAAAAGGCUUUCUGGCUGAUGGACACCCUCAUACAGACAGUCUUACCAGACUACUACGCCCCAGACAUGAUAGCUGUGCAGGCAGAGCAACAGUUGUUGGGGGAGAUAGUCAGGUGGAAGCUUCCGGUUUUGCAUGCGCACCUGGAGGGUCUGGGAGUCCAGUGGAGCCUAGUGGGCAUGAAGUGGUUCAUCUGUCUCUUUGCUGACGUCAUGCCGGUCGAGACUGUUCUGCGGAUCUGGGACUGUCUCUUCCUGGAGGGCUCCAAGAUUCUCCUGCGUGUGGCCUUGACCUUGAUCACCGUCAACAAAGACCGUCUCCUGCAGUGCACCAACUUCCCACAGGCCAUGGACGUGUUCCGAGACAUCGUCAAAGACCCUCUGACCCUCGACUGUCACACAUUUAUCCAGAACAUUUUUUCAGUCACCGGCUCCAUGCCACGCUCCAAGAUUGCAGACAUGCGACAGAAAUGUGUUCGUAAGACGCUCAAGUCAAGAUGAGACUGGUGCAGACUUGCAGAACACUUAGAGGAUGAGCUGGCAUUUUUGUGGUGACUUGUUGAAAUAGAAUGAUAAUAAUAAUUUAAAUAAUAGUUCGUCCAUCAAUGUCUGGCAAUGAUGACCAAUGCAUCUG